AUGGCCGGCCUUAGAACACUCUCCAGUGGCGUAACGGCACCAGCACCCCAAUACUGCAAGGGUGAUGACACAGCAGACUUCGGCGACUUUGUGAGAAAUGAAGACGAGGAAGCUGACCUCGAAGAGGUUGCUGAGCCCUGGCAUAACUACGAUGAGGAAACUGAACGCGUCUUCUAUCCCGUUCGUCUUGGAGAAGUGCUCGAUGAGAGAUACCUGGUAGAGCAUAAAACCAGCUUUGGAGGCUUCUCCACUGUCUGGAUGGCCCAUGAUCUUCAGGGCAAGAGGGAUGUAGCCCUCAAAGUCAUGUGCUUGGGGGAUUGGGCAGGAACUGAAAUCCGCAUGCAAGACAAGAUCAUCCAGGAUGUACAGGAUACCUCUCAUCUUACAUCCAUAGCUACUCGCAUGUCCGCUGCUCGGCAAUUGCUAGAGGCUUUAGAGAAUUUACAUAAAGCCGGAAUUGUACAUUGCGACUUGAAUGAGAGGAACUGUAUGUGGGGGAUAUCUUUUCACGAUCUCAACAGGAGUGCUAAAUACGAAGCACUCGGUCGGCCACUAAAGGAAAUUAUACCAUUCGUCAACCUCUGGAAACAGGGAGAGCUCGUUUGGCCUCUUCAGAUCGCUGAGGACUUACGCACAGAGGAAUUCUAUCUUGGAGACUUUAGUCUGGCAAUGAAAGUUGAUGCCCCUUAUGUGGGGUCGAUACAUACAGAGUACAUAGGAUGUACUCCGGUACAGACGAAGCACAGUACUCCUGUACCCGGGUCCGGCUUACUCAGAAUGGUGCUCACUUAAAAACGAACGAACAGCCACUCUUCACCAACGCUGAUUACACAGUCCGCUUCCUAAAGAGCAUAUCGCGCGCUGCUCCCGCAUCUCCGUGAGAAAGGCACUGGUACCUUGAUCACUAUUGGCUCCAUGGCUGCCUGGUACCCCAUGCCUGGUUGCAACCUGUACAAUGCCUCCAAGGCAGCCUUGCGCUGGCUAGCAAUUGGAUUAGCUGGUGAGAUUUCUCAGUUUGGCAUUAACCACUGCUUGGUUGAAUUAGGCUUUUUCCGAACCGAAUUUUUAAACCCAUCUGCCAAUAUCUCUGGUACGAGCAAGAGCAGCCGCCUACCUGCAUACAGAGAA